AUGAAUAAAGUUGCUUAUCUUAAAAGGACUUAGACUGCUGGGAAUGCGUAAUUUAAUAUAUAUAUAGUAGUUUUCGAUCAAGUCAAGAGAAGGAUAUAAAAGCAUAAACAUUUACUAAGAUUACAAAUUAAUAGGAAGAAGAAGCCAGUCUAAAUAAGUAACUCUAAACUUUGCAUGCAAAGAGAGAUGAAUUAAAGGAAUAAAUUCAAAUGAAAGAAAAUGAAAUAGAGAAGAAGAGAAGACAAAUUUAUGAGUAAGAGAGAGGUAGUAGAUGGGGAGAAAAUAAAAAUCAAAAAUAAAACCAAUAAAAUUCAUAAAUGGAUAAAAAAUUGAAAAUGAGAAGACAACCUUAAAGUAUUAUUUAAAUAAUAAAUAGACAUUUAAUUUAAUCUAGCUUAUUUAUAUUAAAAAGAGAAUGAAAUGCUAAAUGAAACAGUUUAACUUAAAAAUGAUAUAAAUAAAAUGAGAAGGGAAAAGGAAAUGUUUAAAAAAAUUCUUAAAUAAUUAUAAGAAGAUUGGAUAGCUCAUCAUGAAAAAAUGCUUGAAAGAAGUUAAGAAUAAGAAAAAGCAUUUUAAAGUUUACAUUAAGAAAUGAAUACUAUUAAAUCAUUAAGAUGGAAUGAAGCUUAAGAAUAAAGAAAAUUUGGUAAAGAAUUUAAAAGCAUUUAUGAUAAAUUUAAAGAAUCAAAAUCUCCUGAACAUUAAUCUAAAUCAAGAGAGAAAAGUAGAGGUAAAAAAGAAACUGAUAAUUAUAAAAAAAAGAAACUUAAAAGUGAUAGUUAUGAAAGAUAUAGUGGAUCUGAAGAAGAUGCAGAUGCUGAAGAUUUAAAAUAUGAAAUAUUACAUAUUAAUGAAACAGCUGAUAAGAAAAAGAAAAAAAUAUUAGAAAGAGAAUAAAAAGCAUAAUAAAAUUAAUAAGAAUAAUAAGCUUUAGUUGAUUUAUAAUCAGAAGUUUAAACUUAUGAUUAAACUUUAAAAUAAUUAUAUAAUUAAACAAAAUCAGAAUAAAUAGAUGAAAUUGUUAAUAUUUUUGUUGAAUAAGAAGAAUAAAAUUAUGGAGCUUUUAAAUAUAUUUAUGAAUAAUCUGAUGAAUUAGAAAUGCUUUAAAAAUAAAAUAAAUUAUUAUUAAUAGAAAAAUAAGAAUUAGAAAAUAGAGAUUAAAAAAUUAUGGCAGAUUAAAAAUAUAAAUAGAAAUUAUAAUUUGAAGAAAAAUUAGUAAAAAUCAAAGCAAAAUAAGAGAAAUUAUAAGAGAAAUUAUAUGAAAUAUCUAAGAUUCUUAAAGAGUUAAUGAUUAGUAUUCCAAUUAUGUUUGAACGUAUUGGCUGCAAUUUAAAGGAAUACAGUUAAUUAUUAGGACCUAAAUUUGUAAAUUUAAAUUUCUAUAUAAUAAGAGUUUUAAAGAAAUGGAUGAAGAUAAACUAUUAAAAGUAUUGGGUGUUAUUGAAAUAAGAACGAAUGAUAUUUUACAAAUGUAAGAUAUUGCAUAAAAUCCUCGUCAUAAUUUUAUGAAGAAAGAUGUAUUAAUAUUAUUAUUAAAUUAGGCUAAAUAAUCUAAUUUUACUAAAAUAGAUGAUGGAAAUAAUCAAGGAGAUAAUCCAAAUGAUGAAUUAUUAUAAAGAAUACGUAAUAAUUUAAUCUUAUUUAUUUUAGUUGAUAAAUUUAAGGAUACUGAAUUAUCAGAAUAGCAAUUUUCCAAAGCUCAACUUAGAGAUAUAGCAGAAAAACAUAUAAGAGCAGGAACUGGAAAGAAAAAAAGAAAUUGAUUCAAAUUAAUAAUUUUUAAUAGUAA